AUGGGCAUUCUUGCGAUGAUUUUCGCCCCAUUCGAGCUGUUUUCUCGCAGAAAGAACAUUGGAGACAAUGAGCCGCUUCAUACGGCGCCACCCGCUUUCGAUCUCAGCGAGGCGGUGGAGUCGCUGCCGCCAGACGUGUACCUGCGGCGCGACACCGCCACGAAGCCAAGCCUUCUACUCACACGUGCGCAGUUCGUUGCGCUGCAGGAGCAACUGCCUCACCGCUUCCAAGGCCGGCGCUGGCGGCUCGUGUUCGGCAGUGAGUACCAUGGAUUCUCGCGCCUCGCGUUUCAGCACAACUGCGCCGAGGAGGUCAAGAGCGCUUGUGGGCGGGAGCGGCACGCGGUGCUGAUCAUUAAGGCGGGUAAUGACGGGCAGCUGCUGCUGGGCGCGUACAUCUCCGUCAUUCCACAGGCGUCGAACCGCAAGUACAUUGGCAGCGAGGAGAGCUUCCUCUUUGCUGUGCCACCGGCGGUCACAUCAGGUGCUGCAGAGGCAUCCGCAACAGCUGAAACAAGGGAACCAGCAGCGACUAGUGCGCCUGAAAGUUUCAUUCGUUUCUUCAAGCCGCCAUCAAAUGCUCCCAACCGUUAUUUCAUGCGCUGCGAGGAUGGCAAUAUUUCUCUUGGUGGCGGCGGCAAGGGUCCAGCGGUGGUGCUCCACUCCGACUUCGUCACUGUGUCGUGCAGCACGGCAUGUCCUACCUUUGGCCUCCACGAGUCUCUCCUGCUGCUCAACAUGCGUGAUGGUGACGAGUUGCCCAGCGGCGUGAAGAUGGAGGGGGGAGAGCCGUUUGCGUCGGUGCGGGCGAUUCAGCUCUGGGUUGUCGGCGACGAGUGCUUCACCGCUCUCUGA